AUGCAUCAUUUCAUCCAGCAGCUUCGGCACGGCUGGCAUUUGUCUCGCAACCGGGGGGUCCAAGAUGGAGGUAGCGGACGGAACCAGGUCUCGUCGACAGGCCCCAACGAGCCCACAGCUAGCGGCCAUGGCAACACGGUCCAACCGGCGCAACUCCAGACACUGGAGUCCACGAUCGUGGGCCUUGCCGUGGACCUGUACCGGCGGCUGGUGGUUCACGUUGCUCACAACCACGCCCACCAUGACGUGGCCUGCGGUGGUGAGAGUAACUACGCCAGGGAGAACGUGAUCUUCUCGCCGGUUACCGUGGCCGCCGCGCUGUCCAUGACGUUGGCCGGUGCCCGCAGCAAAACAGCCGAGGAGAUCGCUUCCGCUCUGCGCACCCCAGACGACGGCCAUAUUCACGGCCUAUUAGCCACGGAGCUGGCGCGCAUCACGACGCCGGCGGCGGGGAUCACCUUCAAGACGACGUGCCGCCUGUACAAGGACCAGCGCUGCCCGAUCCACGAGAGUUACGCGACAUUCCUGCGUGACAAGUACGGCAAGGGCAUCGUGCACGAAGUCAACUUUUCCGGCGGUUACUUCGAGCUGCUCGACGAGAUCAACGAGUGGAUCGUCAAAGAGACCAAGGGCAAGAUACGUGGUCUGCUCACGUCGGACGGCUUCGGCCCAAAGACGCAGCUGGAAAUGGUAACCGUGGCCUACUUCGACGGUGCCUGGCAGGCACCCUUUCAGGUUGUGAUAGACGUUCUGCAAAUGAUUCCAGUUUAA